GACUCUCCCGAAUUUAGCAUGGAGUUCUAUAGAAAGCGUGUUGAGAAUUUUCCCUUCUUAUUUGGCUCUGAUGGAUUGUUUAAAGAUAUUGAAAAAGAUUUUACAACAAAUCAAGACUUGUUUUACUCUCUCAAUCAGGAAGUUGAUUUAUUGCGAAAGGAAUUAUCAAAGCUUAGUAACGAAGUAAAAAUAUGGGUGGACCGCAAUGAGGCAGGAGGUCAGUAUAGGUCAGCAGAAGCAAACAUCAAUCAAGAUUAUCCACCAUCUUCACCUAAGGAUGAAAGGUAUAAUAUAGCACGAGCAUAUAUUUCUAAUUGGAAAACUUGUGUGGAUAAGUUUAAAAAUUGUAAGAGAAUGUGCGAUAAGCUCGUUGAUCCUCUCGAAAAGGAUAUUCAAAAAACUCACAAUAAUAUGAACCAGGUCCUUGACCAGCUAGAAAAACUGAGUGCAGCAGAUAAAGAUUUUUGCCUCGCAGAAAAAAUUCGGAUAAAAGAUCAUUUCAGUAAAAUCAAAGAUGAUCUAGAAAAAUAUAAAAGUAGUAUCAGUGCGACUAAAAAAGAAGUUGAAAAAUAUCGGGACAUGCUCAAUGAAAUUAUACGUCAACAAAAUAUGACACGAUUAGCCAGAACUCCAGCAUAUAAUAACCAACCACAAAAUUGUUCAAAUUGCAAUUAUCCCUUCGCAUUUCUGAAAUGGUGUAUGCACUGCGAUCGUAAUCAGUUUAAGAAACAAUAUGAAAAUAAAAGUUGGACAAGCGGUAACGUCCUAAUCGAUAAUCUUAUUCUUGACUCUCAACUUUCUAUCAAGUAUCCUAAUGGAUAUAUACAGUGGAUUCCUUACGAGCAAUUCACAAAUAUUGAAUUUAAAGCCAAUGGUGGUUUUGGGACUGUUUAUAAGGCCAAUUGGGUUGAAGGAUUUGGUGUUUGGGAUUAUGCCCUUGGUAAGAGAGAUCGACAAAAUAACACACCUGUAGCUUUAAAAGAACUCAAAAGUUCGGAAAAUAUGGGUGAAGACUUUUCUAAAGAGAUCGGGGCAUAUAUAAAAUCAUCAUCUAGUACAGUACUUCGUUGCUAUGGUAUUUCAAAAAAUCCUAAAACUAAAAAUUUCGUUAUGGUUUUAACUUAUGCUCAUGGAGGAGAUUUAAGAAAUUACUUAAUGUUGAGGUCUAAAAACUUGAAUUGGGUAGAUAGAUUGGAUAUUUUGCGACAUAUACUAUUUGGACUAAAAGACAUCCAUAGUAAAGGAUUGGUCCACCAUGAUCUCCAUCCGGGAAAUCUCCUUCAUUUUCGAAGAACAAUUUCCAUAUCAGAUUUGGGUCUGUGUGGUCCUGUUAAUACAGAUGCAUAUGGAAGUCAAUACGGUGUUUUGUCAUUUACAGCACCAGAAGUUCUAUUUAAAAGACCUUAUACCCAAGCAGCAGACAUCUAUAGCAUAGGAAUGAUCAUGUGGUCACUCACUUCUGGAAAACAACCAUUCUAUGAUAUAGCUGAUCAUGGAGCGUUGGCUUUCGACAUUUGUUAUAAUAAUUUUCGCCCAAAUGUCGUUAAGGGAACACCUCCAGUUUACGAAGAAUGGAUGCGAAAAUGUUGGCAUGCGGAUCCUGACAAGCGUCCAACCGUUAAUGAGCUGUAUGAUGUCGUAUUGACAUGGCUUAAUGGAUUCGACAAAAAGGAUAUUCCAGAACAAACCAAACAAUUUAUUGAAAAUAAUUCUAAAGUAAAAUACAAUUUAGGACCAGUUACUAGUAGUGAUUUAACAAAGAUUACAGAAACGAUUUCAGAAAAUCUCACACCAAUGGAUAAAGAAGAAGAGUUGGAUGAAUGGAAUACGAUCCAAACUAAUGAUUAUCAGAAUUGGUUAUAUAAAAUUAAUAUUAUGGGUCCUGGAGAAGAUGUCGCUUCAAUUGUUACGAAAAAGAAUGUCUUUCAAAUAUUUCAAUUGGAUGUCAGUCGUGAAGACCUUCAACCAAAUGUCAAAAAAUUUCAUGUACAUAUUCCAGAAUAG